UAUCUGUACACUGUCAGUGUACCUCCUACUUGUAGUCCAGCGGUGACCCCUCACCUCUUUCCACUUCACUACAUUUGUGUGACAGCUUCAGGUGGAAGCAGCAGCUGAAUGCAGUAGACAGUGAGAGUCUGUAGGGGGCGCUGCCGGGCUGCCGAGGAGCCGCUGAGCCAGCAGGGAGUCCGGGGGAGGAGAGAGGAGGGAGGAGGAGGAGUAACCGGACACCGACUCACGGAGCGGCUCCUGGCCGGUCACAGCGCAUCGGAGCCCGGCGGCAGCAGCACCGAGCAGCGGCUCGACGAGCAGAGUGAGACCGAGGAGCAGCAGCUGAGGAGCGGCGGCGUGAGGCGGAGGCUCCGGUCCUCCCUGCCGGACUUUAACGCUUCUUCAGCCGCUUUAUCUGCCGCUCUGUGGGGGGAUAACGGAGUUACCGUGAAAGUGGGCGAAGUACCGCCGGUACUCCUCCGCCGGCAGCCUGACAGCCGCCAGCAUGAAGAAAAACAACUCCGGGAAACGGGGCCCGCAGGACGCGGCGCAGCAUCACGUUCAGCCCGAUAAGGUCGGCUGGAUCCGGAAGUUCUGUGGGAAAGGGAUCUUCAGAGAGAUCUGGAAGAACCGGUUUGUGGUUCUGAGGGGAGAUCAGCUGUUCAUCUGUGAGAAAGAGGUGAAGGAGCUGGGUCGGGCCGACGAGGUUCUGGACCUGUCGGACUACGAACGCUGCGAGGAGAUCAGGAAGAACAAGAGUCGCAGCAAAAAGAACCACAGCAAGUUCAGGCUGCAGCGCUGCAGCACGCCAGGAAACACGGUCCCGAACCUGGUCUUCCUGGCUGUGAGUCCGGAGGAGAAAGAGUCCUGGAUCAACGUCCUGAAUGCCGCCGUCACGCGAGCCAAAAACAGGAUCCUGGAUGAGGUGAUUGUGGACGACUCGCAGCUGUCUCACCUGACUCGAGACCGAGUGAAGAUUCCUCACAACCGCCGACUGCCGACCAGAGGUCACCUGCUGGCUGUGGCCUCCACCUCCUCCUCAGACGGGAUGCUGACCCUGGAUCUGAUCCAGGAGGAGGACGCUUUGUCUCCUCAGGGAGCCGACGGCUGCGACACCUUCAGUGUCGACGUGGACAAAUCCCACCUCGGCCAGGACUGUCCCAGGUCAAAAACUGAUGGCGAUCUCUCUGCCAGAACCGCCGAGGCUUCUGGGAAAUCCCAGAGCCUUCCCCGUGAGGUGGCGGUGGUGUGGGAGCACACGGGGCCCGCCCAAACCCCCCAGGGUGGAAAACGCCUGACGACUGCAGAGAAAAACCGCUGCGCCUCGAUGGACGAGAUCCUGACGCACUCAGAUUCUAAAGCUGCGAAGAACAAGACGUUGUCCUGUUCACCAGCGUCCACGCCAAGCGGCACGACGGCGCCAGUCAGCCAGCUGCAGGAGCUGAUCAGCCAGAAGCUGGAGAAGACGGAGCGGCUGCUGAGGGAGGUGCGGGGGGAGGCCGGGGAGCGAGGGAAGAUGAAGGGAAAGGAGUCGGCUGAAGGAGCGCGAGCUGAAGCCGAGAGACUCCUGAAGGAGGCGGUGGCGGCCUGGAGCCAGGCACAGGAAGUGCUGGAGGAGGUGAAGGAGUUGAGGGCAUUGUACCGACAACUGGACUCCUCCUCCUCCCCCAUCCCCCUCCAACAGCACCAAACUAAACCCAGACUGCAAGAGCCCGAAGUGAGCCACAUGGUACUGAGUCGUUCUGGUAGGAACUGGUUUCGACCGCUCCAGUCCAGGUAA